GAACUACCAGUCUUCCACGAAGCUCACCUAGUACCCCUCAACCCUUCACUUUAUUUAUAUAAUGAUGGCAUCCUAUCCUUAUUUUAUUUUUCACUUUCAACUGACAGACAGCAGAGAAAGCUCCAUGGUGAAUCCAAGGAAUCCUAGUUUCAGUGGAGACGGAGAAGGUGAGGAACACAGGGAAUCCAACAAUGAAAGCAGUACCUACCGAGGUUUAGAUCCCUUUGAUCCAGCUGUUGCUGCCGCCUUCGAAAGAGAGAAGAUGAAUCAACAACGAGGUCAAGGUCUAGGUAAACGUCCACGUGGAAGAAGAUUCUCUCCAAAUUCCAGUGAGCGCAAUCACUCUGCGAACAGUCAGACGGUAGCUGAACGUGAAACAGAGCCGUCGAGACAGCAACAACGAGGUCAAUUCCGAUCUACAGAUGCAUGCUCUGAAGAUUCUCAUUUAAGAGGAGAAAAUAUUCCAGAAAUCCCUGUAGCAGAGACAAAGGAAGAGAAGAAUAAGAGGAGAAAGACCCAAAAAGCUGUGGCCGAUAAAAACUAUAGGGAGAAAAUCAGGCAAAGAGCAGCGCUAGCGGAUAAACUUGAGCCUGAAAAUGAAGAAUUACGCGAAGAAAUAGAAGAAUUACGCAAAGAAAAAGAAGAAUCACGCAAAGAAAAUGCAUCCCAACAAGCAAUGAUAGAGGAUCUUAGAAGAAGAUUGGCCCAACAGGAGAAGAAAGUAGAUGAUCUUACCGAAAAUGGGAAAAAUGUAGAUGAUCAUGCAAAAAAAAUUGGCCAAAUGGAAGGAGAAGACGAAAAAGUGCCAGGAAGAAAACCGAGAACUGCAUGCUGAAAUGCAAAGUUUACGUGAGAGGAUGAGGAUGGUUGGAUUAUUACUAGAAAAAGACAGGCCUAAAAAAGGCACGUUUGUGAA